CCAAUCACCACCGCCGCUGCGCCCGGAGGCCGGAGCAAAAGGGGGGCGAAAUGCCGGCGCUGCCGCCGCCGCGGAGAGACUUCCCGGCGUUCCCGUUCGCGCCGUACCCGAUCCAGUCGGACUUCAUGUCCUUCCUCUACGGCGCCCUCUCCUCCGGCCCCGGCGCGCUCGCCCUCCUCGAGAGCCCCACCGGCACCGGGAAGACCCUCAGCAUCAUCUGCAGCGCGCUCCAGUGGCUCGUGGACCACCGCGACGCCGCCGCCGCCGCCCGGGGCUCCACCACCGCCGCUGCAGCCGGCGACGGAGUAGGAGACGAUGACGAUCCUGACUGGAUGCGGGAGUUCACGCCUCUACCCCCGGAGAAGCCUAGCACAAAGAAGGCCAAGCCUCCCGCCGUGGCGCGGGGCAAGGCGCCGAGGAAGGCGGCAGGUCCGGAGAAAUCCGAGGGGUUCGGGGAGGGGGAAGACGAGGAGUUCUUGCUCGAGGAGUACGAGAGUGACGGCGAGGACGGCAUGAGGUGGGAGGCGGGGAAGCGGCCGCAUCGUGGUGGUGGUGGUGGUAGUAGCAGUAGCGAGAGCGAGGAGGACGGGGAAGAGGAGGAGGAGGUGACUCCCAAGGUGUACUUCACUAGCCGCACUCACUCGCAGCUAUCUCAGUUCGUAGGAGAGCUCAAGAAGACGGAAUUCGGACGGCGGCUCAGGACAGUGUGCUUGGGAUCCAGGAAGAAUUUGUGCACCAACAAGGAUGUUCUGAAGCUGGGGAGCGCAAACCGGAUCAAUGAGAGGUGCCUGGAGCUGCAGAAGACCAAGAAGAGCAGCAAAGCUAAGGUUGAGGGUGAUUACAGAAAGGUGUGCCAAUCAAAGACCUCUUGUAGGUGCCCGAUGAUACGAAAGAGGAGUCUUCAGAAAGAAUUCAAAAGUGAAGUGUCAGAGCAAGGUGCAUUGGACAUUGAGGAUCUGGCGCAAUUAGGGAAGAAGAUUGGAACAUGUCCGUACUACGGUGCACGUGACUUGGUCCGCACAGCUGACCUAGUCGUCCUUCCUUAUCAGUCUUUGCUGCUCAAGUCUGCUAGAGAAUCGCUUGGCCUUAAUCUAAAGAAUAGUGUUGUCAUAAUAGAUGAAGCUCACAAUUUAGCAGACUCUCUCACUAGCAUGUACAACUCAAGGAUCACAUCUUCUCAGUUGAAGGCAAUUCUUUCCCACCUGGAGGCAUAUCUCAAUAGAUUUCAAAGUGUUUUGGGAGCUGGGAAUCGACGGUACAUCCAAACAUUGACUGUUUUAGUAUGGUCGUUUCUACAAGUUCUGACAAACAACAAAGAUGACGCCUGCUCUAUGACUUCUAUGACUAUAAACCAAUUCUUAUUCUCCCUUGAUAUCGAUAACAUAAAUAUAGUAAAACUUUGCCAGUAUGUGAAGGAAAGCAAUAUAAUUCACAAGGUAAGUGGAUAUGCGAACAAAUUAAUCAUCAAUCAAGAUGGCAUGAAUCAUUCAAGUCACCAGCAGCAAUAUGAUGAAGGAAAGAGUAUAGCAAGCUUUCAGACAUUGGCUGAUUUUUUGCGCUCCCUAUUGAACUGCAAUGAUAAUGGAAGAAUCAUAGUUGCAAGGAAAAAGUUCAGCGGACAACCUGAAGAUGCAUAUCUUAAAUUUGUGAUGCUUAGUGCAGAUAAAAUCUUUUCAGAGGUUACAUAUGAUGCGCAUGCUGUCAUUCUGGCUGGUGGUACCCUCCAGCCUAUUGAAGAAACAAGGCUACGCUUAUUUCCAAGCUUUUCUCCUAGUGAUAUAAAAUUCUUCACAUGCAACCAUAUCGUUCCUCCAGAGAGUAUUCUUCCUAUAGCUGUUACACGUGGGCCAUCAGGCAUGACCUUUGAUUUCAGCUACACUUCAAGGAGUUCUCUUCCCAUGAUCGAAGAGCUUGGCCGCUUUCUUUGCAAUGUAGUGACAAUAGUGCCUGAAGGGGUGGUAAUGUUUUUCGCUUCCUAUGAAUAUGAAAGAUGCGUUUAUGAUGCAUGGCAAUCUUCAGGCAUGAUUUCCAAGAUUUCUAAGAAGAAAUAUGUCUUUAGAGAGCCAAAAAACAGUGUUGAUGUCGAAACGACGCUCAAUGAAUACAAGGAGGCAAUCCAGUCCUGUAACAAUUGUUCGCGAGAUACAGGAAUCACUGGGGCACUUCUGUUGGCUGUUGUUGGUGGGAAAAUUUCUGAAGGCAUAAACUUCAGUGAUGGGAUGGGCCGUUGUGUUGUAAUGGUUGGGUUGCCUUACCCAAGUCCAUCUGAUGUGGAGCUGACAGAGACCAUAAAGCAUAUAGAAAAUAUUUCUAACUCAGUUUUGGUUGGAGAUGAUAACUCAAGCAGCAAAUAUGAUGAUGAAUGCAAACUUCAGCCUGGUUUUGAUAUAUUAAGAAAGUGCAACAAGGGUGGACGAGAGUACUAUGAGAACUUAUGCAUGAAAGCUGUGAAUCAAUCUAUUGGCAGGGCAAUCAGGCAUGUAAAUGAUUAUGCUGCAAUGCUAUUGGUUGACUCACGUUAUGCCCAUAAUUCAUCAAACAAGAAUUCCUCUUGCCCUACUGACAAACUACCCCAAUGGAUAAAGACAAGACUUACUCGUGCUCAAAAUUACGGAGAGGUUCAUAGAUUGUUGCACCAGUUCUUCAAACUCAAUAAACAAAUCCAUUGAAUAAUUUACAUGUCAUACAAUACGAGAACAGUUGAUAAAGCAAACAUAUACAAGUAUGUUAAUGUGGGCUGCCACUGAUGAUUGAGGUACUAAGAUUUCCUAGAUUCAGUUAGCACUAAGAAUCCCAUGCUAUUCAUUUAUAGUUGUGCUUCAAUUUUGCUAUAACAGAACUGUUAUGUUUUAAAAAAUUA